UCAAACGGAGCUAAACGGGCAUUGACCGCUCCUUAUGCCUGGUGAAAGCUGAGGGGAGAAUCGCAACAAAUUGUUUGUAAAAUACUUAACAGUGUAUUUCACGACCAUCCUUGUAUUUGUAAACACAUGAAACAAAUUCAUUUGAGAGAAAAGCCGAACGUUCGUGUCUGGAAUGAGAUACGAAACCAAAAUGUGUAGCUCCUGACUUCCUAAUUUAGCAUUCUGAUCGACAUUCAACAUGGCGAGAAAAUUUGAGGUGCUAGCACAUGGAUGUUGCUGUCGCAUGUGGCGGGUGACCUUGAGGUCAUGACCUUGCACCGAGCAACCCGGUGAAGGAAAUGACAGAGAAGUUUCCUACAGCGAUGUGACUCCACUGAUGCUAAUCCUUGUGUUGUAAUAACAGCUUCGCCAACACAUCCCCUCCUCCUAACAUGCAAGCUGGAACGUUUAGGAUUCCUUGAAAUAUUUUCACAGAUGACAUUUUGAGAAUAUUUACAGAUUCAACAUUUAUGUGCAAUUUGUAGUGAAUUAGGACUCCUUUGUUGAGGAUUUGUUUGUUUUCCCUCCCAUCGUGGAUUAUGUUGUUACGUUUUACGUCCAGUGCAAUAAUGGCUCUACGAUGCAGUCAACGAUUAUACGCAAAUGGCUGAUCUGUGGAUAAUGGUGGAUUCAAUGCCUUUUGGUUGACGACGUCACGCAGUGGUCAUGGCGAAAAAGGCAGAGGGACGCACUUUUAACAUCGGCGUGAUCGGAUUAUCUGGAACUGAACGGGAGAAGGGGCAAUAUGGUGUGGGCAAAUCCUGUCUUUGCAAUCGAUUCCUGUACCAGGUUGCGGACAAGUACCACACCGAACAUAUCUCUGUGCUGUCGCAGAGUGACUUCGCAGGACGUGUCAUCAACAAUGAUCACUUCCUGUACUGGGGCGAAGUCACCAAAACGGACGAGGGGAAUAAUUUUACUUUCAACGUGGUGGAACAGACUGAGUUUAUUGAUGAUGUGUCGUUUCAACCAUUCAAAACGGGGAGGACGGAGCCCUACACCAAAAGAUGUGUUCAAACCAAAGUGCAGUCUGCAGAGAAACUGAUGUAUAUUUGCAAGGACCAACUUGGUAUGGAGUCAGACUACGAACAGAAGCUGAUGCCAGAAGGGAAGUUAACCAUUGACGGCUUCAUCUGUUGUUUUGACGUCAGUCAGGCCCCCCAGCGGCCGGUUGACAAGCAAGUGGAAUUUGUGGCAGCGUUGCUGAGCGCCGUUCUCAAAGCCAAGAAACCGCUGGUUCUUGCAACCACAAAACACGAUGAUGCAGAGGAACAUUUUGUGGAAAAAGUGGAGAAAUUACUCAACAGACGGGAGUUCAAAGGUUGCUUUCCAUUGGUGGAGACAUCCGCACAUGACAAUGUGAAUACGGAGCUUGCAUUUAUGACUUUAGCCCACCUUAUUGACAAGACUAAAGCUCGAGCCAAAGUGAUUCCUUUCCAUGAAGCAUUGAAAGCUCGGCAAGAAAUCCUCGGGGUUGCAAACAAAGCCUAUCAGAACUUGCUCAAACUGCACGUCACAGAUCCAGUGCUAACUUGGCAAGCGUGUCGGAAGAAGUUUGUGAACGAGCCUGACUUUGGACAUUAUGUUGACCUAUUCGGUACGGAUAAGGCGAAGAAGUUGUUCCGCAACCACGUGAAACACCUGCGGGAUGAGCAGAUUCAGCUGAAGGAACAGACAUAUUUGUCCCAGAUACCCAAGAUUUUAAAACACUUCCUCCCUAGUCUAGAUGCAAUAGGUGACAGGAGCUGGCCGACAGUUCAGAAGAACAUCCAGAAGCAUGAGGACUUCUCCAAGUAUUUUGUGGACGCGUGCACGGUGGGGCAGGGCACCUGGAAGACAACGGAUGCCUUCCUCGACAGCCAGGACGAGACCAGGAUACCUUUUGAUUUGCUCAACUCCCCUGAUGCAGAGACCUGUUUCAGGAACCAUGUCAACGAGCUGCAGGCAAACCAUCGCAGGAAAGAACUCCAGCGUCAGUUCAAGAAGCUGUUGGAGGAGAACCACCAGGUGACGGCGGGGAAGACUCUGGGGGAGACGUACGUGUUCUUCGUGGGGAAGGAGGGGUACAACGGGCUGGAGGAGCAGGACCGCAGCAUCGUGUACGAACAGCAUCAGCAGGAGCUCCGACAGCAGGCCAAGCAUGAGUUCCAGGAGCUCCUGUGGGAACAGUCACAGAUAUUUCUGAAUCUCAACUCAACAGGGAGGCUGACGCCGGAAGACCUGAAAGGCAUCACAGUAGCGCUGCAGGAUGAUCCCAGGUACAAGGCUCUGUAUCGCCUAGAGGAGGACCGGAAAGUGAUGAUUCUCAACCACCUCGGCUUCAUCCAGUGUCCUUCCAAGGACCGGUGCUACUUCCGGGAGAACUGUGUCGACCUGCAGUCCCACAAACUACUGGCCUCCAGGUCAUCCAGGCCGGAGGUGGUGGAGUCGUGUGAGGUCUUGGAUGGGUCAGAGCGCUGUCUCAACCUGGUGCUGCUUGGCAAGGACGGACUGGCCAAAGAUGUCAACCUGGCUAUCAGGAAUCUGUGUAUAGAUGAUGAGUAUGUUCACGAGAGUGUUAACUACAGCCUAGAUUAUCGGCCUAUAGAUGGCGAUGUCAGUCUGGAGCAUAAUGCACUAGCCACUGCCAACUUCAAACCACAUGGAUGUGUGUGUGUCUACAACUCCUUGCAUACUCUGACGUAUGUGCGGGAGAGCCUGGAGCGCUCACUGUUUACUGAUCUCGAGCAGGAUGUCCAGGCCCUCAAUGGGAUGCCCAUUGCAGUCAUACAAGCCUAUAAUUCUAGUCAGAGCGAGAAGGAGCGAGAGAUACUCCACGAUGAUGGCCAGAAUCUUGCCAGAAGGUUACAUGGUGAAUUCAUCAACAUUCCUGAGGACAUAGAUGAGGCCUCACACACGCAGUUCGACAGCUGUCAGAUCCAUCGAGCGCUGCAGGCUGUCAUUCGCCGCUGCUCAUCAAGCAUGGGGGGCUGGCUCCUCUCAGAGCAUGCACAGCCAGAUAUCAGGAUAUCUGUGUGCAUGAUGUGCGGUGAUGAGUUCAUGGUGGACGUCCCGCUAGGACCCUUCUUGAACAAUGAAUUCUGCCGAGUGUCGCCAAAGGCGCCCCAUCUCAUUACUCUCGAUACUUUCCUGGAGUAUCAGAAACAGCGAAUAGAAAUAGAAGUGUCAUCUUACCAUGGGGACAGCCACGACCUUCAACAAGUCACACAUGGCUACAUUCUUGUAUACUCCGCCAAACGGAAAGCUUCUCUUAUGACGCUCAGAGCAUUUGCUUUGCGUCUCCCCAAUGUGCCUAAACUGAUCCUGGCAGUGUCGGACAGCAGCGGUGCGUCGUCCUUCUACUCCAGUCAGUACAGUCAACGUCUCAUCACCGACGGCAACUCGCUGGCAGACCGCAUUGCUGCUCACUUCAUGACCACCACCGCCAACUUCACCCAACAGAACACGGGAACAGCAGUAUACAACCCAUUCUUCAAGGAAGCCUGGGAGCGGAAGGAGGAGUCGGAGGACAUGUUCCGCGAGCCGGUGGACGAGCAGAGCCCUCCGGCGUACGACGAGCGCAGCACCUACAUAGACCGAAGACCGCCGGCCCCACUGCCAUAUAAUACCUAUCAUACCACCAAGAGUAGUACAAGUAAUAGGUGGGUAGAAUGCCAAAGCACAGAGGACUCAGAGCCUUUGUACGACCAGCCCAAUCUGUACCAAGGUCGCUACCCUUCCGACAGUGACCAUGAGCGGGCGUCUUCAACAUCACCCGUGCCAUCAGGGGAAGACAUCUAUGCGGAGGUUGGACCUCAAUCGAAUGGCGAGCAUCUAGUCAGACCGAGCUAUGUGAAGACUCGGCAACACAUGCAUGCGGUCCAACAAUACAAAGACCAUCGGAAGUCUCUGCCGAUACUGGAGAGCUCCUGUGACUCGUCACGCCUGAUGAGUGAGAGCACAGAGUUUUCCGACUCGGACGUUCAGUCGAUAAGUCACUUCCACAAGUCCAGUAGUAUGAAGCUAGAGAUGCCUGUUGAACCGUCAGCUUGGGCGCUUAACGAGCAAAUGCGUCGCCACCAUCAGAGGAGGUACGCGGCGGCGGCGGCGGCAGCCUGCAAGCAGACCUCUAGCAGUGAAGACGGCUGGGUGGAUAACAACCUAUAUGAAACGGCCGGCGCCAUGCACCACCACCCAGGCUGGGCAGACAAUGACCUGUACUGCCACCAGAGCAUGGGGGACAGUAUGGAUCUGCGCCCGCGCUACGGCCCGGUGUCCCCCGAGGAUGCCGUGUGGGCGGACGACCUGUACAGUCCGCAGGAAACCAGGGCUCAUAGACGGUCACAGUCUCGAGGUAGUCAAGGAAGUCAUGAUCGGCCCAAGAUGUCCGGCGGUAGAGUGCAGGCUCCUCUGGCAGUGCCUGAGCCCAUUGAGAUUGCUGACUACUGUACAGUGAAGGAUGCAGUGAACACGUUUGAGCCUCUGGAGAACGACUACGGAACAGUGCAGGACGCUCUACCUCGGGGAAAACUUCAUCGUGUCAAGUCCUCGUCUGGCAAGAAAGAAAAAGGUUCUGAUUCAGAAGACUCCGAGUUCAGUUCCCUGGAGCGUGAUCGGGGUGAGGAGAUGGCCCCGAGCUCCAGGGUCAACCGCCGCCCCACCCCCUACAGGAAGAAGGGCAAACAGAGAUCUCAAGACAGUGCCAUGCAGUCCGUAGACAAACGGAGGCCGAUAGGACUCCCUCGAGGGACCACAUUUGGGGGGAAAUCAGUUCGUAGCAACUCCCCGUCGGAGGGCAGCGAGGGGACUGGGGACGAGCUCCAGGGCAGGAGGAAGGAGAAGAAGAGGCGGUCAUUCCGCCGCCAGAAGGGCUUCGUGGUCAGCCAGAGUCCAGGGAGAGCCAUUAGUCCACCGAUGUCCGACAGUGACCACAUUGUCGGAUCUCCGCCAGGUCGCCCAUUUCAUAACGAGAAUCAGUUUGAGCCGGUGAUUCCCCCUUACUCCACCAUGCCCCAUAGCCGGUUCCCCGCUGAGGAGACUGAGUACGAUGGUGGCAACCAGUUUUUGGUGAAACUGAAGUCAAAGACGAUGCGGGACCCGGAGAAGCAGAGGAAGAAGGAGGAGAAGAGACGACAGAAAGAGGAGGAGAAGCGCCUUAAGGAGGAGAGGAAGAUGAAGAAGAACCCCAGCAAGAGUUCGGGUCCAUCUCAGAGCGGCUGCUGCCUGGAAGACUUCCCCACCUCCACCGACAACCCCCUCAUCCCGCUGUUUGUGGAGAAGUGCAUCAUCUUCAUCGAGCAGGAAGGUCUGUUGGCGGAAGGCAUCUACCGAAUACCUGGGAAUAAGGGACAGGUGGAUCUUCUCACAUCCAAGUUUAAUGAAGACAUCAACACUGACAUCCAUUCACUAGAUAUCCAGGUGAAUGCAGUGGCUACCAUCUUGAAGCAGUUCUUUAUGGACUUGACCGAGCCCCUCAUCCCAGUGCAGCUGUACGACGAACUCAUCAUUGCAGCAGAUGGAAAAGACAGAAAAGGUGUUCGAGACAAGAGUAGUCGGUUGCUGGCCCUGCGGGGAGUCCUCAAGAAACUGCCAGAUCAGAAAUACAAACAGAACUUUGAAGUACUAAAGUAUCUCAUCACACAUCUACACAGAGUGUCUGAACACAGCGAGCACAACAGCAUGGAUGAUUCCAACCUGGCUCGAUGUUGGUGGCCGACGCUGAUGCGGGUGGAGAUCACAUCAUACGAGCAGAUGGGUCAAUACUCCGUGUUCCUGGUCAACAUCAUGCAAACCCUCAUUGAACAAUAUAACUUCUUCUUCCACGGCGGGGACGAGGUAUGAGGGGCGUCGCCACACCUCACCGGCAUCAACCCACAACUGCCAAACUCACCUGGCGACACCGACGACGCAGCAAGCCCGACCAACAGCAGGAGACGUGUUCUGCUCUGGGCCAUUUUCUACUCACAUGAUGUGCCCCGUCACAUCACAAGUGCAACGCAUAAUACCUAGAAAACAGUGUUCAUCAUCUGUGUGUGGCCAUAUGGGAGGUAGAGACGACGCUAUAUGUUAAGCUUGGCAUAUCAAGUGCUGAAUCAUUGUGCGACCAGUGUGUGCUGGUAUUUCACAUUGCCUUAACUCAUUACCUUUGUGGUAUACUGGUUAGUCGGUCAAGCCGGACAGCCAUUUGCUGGGCUGUCGGCCACGACUGACGGUUAUGGCAAAUUGUUGCUCUCUCUGUUGUUAAUGCUUGUUACUUUUAUACCUUCUUUAACGCGGCGUGACACACGCCACAGCCUACCGCAACACCAGACUGACGAACCGACAGAUGGACACAGGUCGUAGUUAGUUGUUGUCUUCACGUCCAUGUACGGUGUUUGUAUAUUUGUGCAUAGUUGUUGAUCGUGGGUGUUUUAAUACAAUCAUGAUUACUCAAUAGACAUACAAUAGCAUACUACCAGCUCAUUUCUCAUUCUGUUUACACCAUUGACGAUCCAAAUAUAAUCAAUUUCUUUGUUGUUAAUUUAAAGACCUUUUUUAUCUGUGAUAAAUGAACUCGCUGUUCUGUAAAUGUGUAUUCUAGACGAAUGUACUCCAUCUCCGUGUUAGUGUUGUUUUAGAAUUAGACGAUUUUUGGUGCUGAGGAAUCGUUCGACCAGUAGCCAGAGCAGGAAAGGGAAGGACUCCCGUAGCAGAUCCUGUUCGCGGAAUCAACUGUUAUCGUCUAUAAUAUUUCUAUAUGCUGAGACCGUUGCGGCAGUCUGGUAGUGAUAGCGGUGGCCAUGAGGCAGUAUCUGCAACCUUUCACACUGUAAAAUUGUACAUAUUUCUAAUUUAAGACAUAAGAUUGUUGUCGCCUUUUGUGUCAAAUGAAUAAAUGUAUGGUAUGAUGCUCAUGUGAAUUUCUCUUAUUUUGUUGGUUUUAAAAUGAAGGAAGGAGAAAAAAGUUGAAUUGUGUCAACAAGCCUGCCUACUGCAUUGAGGGUCUAUUCAAGUUUGGGGAAACAAGUUUUUUUCUAUUUGAGCUUAUCAACCUUUGUUGAAUGAAACAAGGUUUCACAGGCAACAUAAGUAAAUUGCCAAUAACUUAAACAGUCAACCAAGAUGCAUAUGUAUAAAUAUGUUGAGCUUGUUUAUGAUGACAUGAGUCUGGAAAUUUGAAAAAUACAUGCUUCUUGUCAAGAUAUACAUGUUUUUAUCAUCAAAUCUUUUAACUAAAUGCUAAGUAUUGCCAAGUAAUCUUACAUAUCAGAUCGAACAUGUCGGGCACAUCAGUCCAAUCAGUGUUGAACUAGAAACAAGAUGACUUGCCUUUCCCUCUGCCAGUCAGCAUCCGACAUAUAUAGCAUUCUUGAUUCUCAGUUGUGGGGUUGCUUGUUCCAAUGCAAAAUCAAGGUUGUGACAAAUGUGUCCAUUUCCAUCUCUUAUCAUUUUAUGAUUAAUAAAUACAUGGAAAUGAAAUAGGUAUCUCGGAUUUUAGGGCAGGUUGCUAAAUAUGUUGACUACGGUACUUACAAUUACUGACUUUGUUGCCAUUAUCAUCACCACUGCUGUAAAUUUUGUUCAAUUUCAUUUCCUACUUCAAGUGAUAGAAUGUCACCCUACCCUGACUGAAUGUGAAGUCACAAAGCACACAAGAUUCAUUUCAAUCAAAGUUGUAGAUCGAUCUCAAAUGUCGCUCAUUAUCAUUGGAAGCAAACUGAGUUGAACUUUCACUUCAACCGAGCUCCUCACUCCAUCGACAGUCGGACAAUCAUAAACAUCCUUAUUUUCUAAAAUCAACAUUGUUCUAUUUUUAUCCUGUCAAUUUUGCUACCACAACCAACCAACUUCACAGGUAAAUGAUUCUGUUGUGUGACUUGCAUGACUCUUGAUAAGGUUAGAUGUCUAGGUGAUUAAGAUUGUUUGUUAUGACAAUAAGCAUGAUUAUGCUCAUUAAAUUUGAAUGGAUGGAGCUCACCAAGGACCUUGACCUUCCCGAAUCUCUCGUACAAGUGUUGGGGGUAUACAUGCUGUACAUAAAAGUAAUACCAAUGUCACAGUAGUAUUUUCAUAGGAUCAAGGUUAGGUCAAAUGAUUGGGGACUUGUCACCUGCACAGUGCGAUUUCCGUAACACCGAGUCGGAUGUGUGCAACCAUACUAUUCAAUAUUUGCCGGGGACGACACCUUAGAUGACUAUUUGUCCCUUAGCAAAUGUUAAAUAGUAUACUUAGUCAUCAUAGAGAUAGAAUAUGGGCUAGUUUGAGGCAAUAGAGCCCUAACAGCAACGAUACAAAAUCAAAAUGUUCUUUUCCAAAUGGAUCUUGUUGAUCUGGGUGUAUACCAGAUGCCUUCUGGGGCGACGUUGUGUGCACUGAUGCAUAUCACGUUUUGAUGGUGAGUAUAUGAUCAGGUCCCCUUACACCUGUACAACAGACAGUGGGUGGGCUGGUCCAUCAGUAUUGACUAUAGGUAAACAACAUUUUAUUUGCUUUGAAUAUCCUGUAACGUGUACACUGCUUGGACAAUGUUCUGUCUCAAACUUUUUGUCAUGAAUAAACUGGAAACAAUUUACAGUGAA